CAACAGAGCUUGGGAUGUUCCUUCCUUUGCUGCUACUGGCAUGUGCUGCGUUUGCCAGAGAAGAUUGUUGGUUUGAAGGCAAAUUUUGGAGUGGAAUAGGAAGUGAAGCCGACAAAGAGAUGAUAAGAAAAAUUGGAGAUUCCAUACAUCGCAAAAUUGAUGAUAGCAAGACAGCAGCUGUGAUGACCUUGGAAAAACAUAGCAAUGGCAAAACAUCUUUGAUGGUUGCUGCAAGACCAAAGGGUACAAGGAUGGCGCGCUGUUUCGUGGGCCUAAUGCAGAACAACGAAGUUCAGUCAUUCUCGGCCAGGUCCAGCAAACAGUGCAUAUCGUGGCUUUUUCACUGUAAGAACAAAAACAUUCCACAAGGAUAUAUUCGAGAAUUUGUGUCAUUUCUCUGGCAUUGA